AUGGAUGCCCAGCUGUCAGCCAAAUCUGCCGUCAAACAGAUGCGCAGGGAACAAUCCACCCAAGCAGCAGAAGUAAUCAAGCAGCGUCUCACCCCUGCCAACACUAGGACGCUGGAUCUCGCAAGCGAGAGAGGUGCCUCCAAUUGGCUAACCUCACUACCGAUCUCGGAGUUCGGCUUCAGUCUACACAAAGGUGCCUUUGUGGACGCCCUAUGUCUACGCUAUGGUUGGACGCCUGGAGGUACGCCAAUACACUGCGACUGUGGUGCCAACUUCUCGAUCGAGCACGUCCUCUCUUGCCCCCGUGGAGGAUUUCCAUCGAUCCGCCACAAUGAAAUCAGGGAUAUCACUGCCGACCUACUCACAGAAAUCUGUCAUGAUGUCUCGGUGGAACCUGAUCUCCAACCCCUGACUGGCGAAACCCUUGCUCACAGAACCGCCAACAUAUCGAAUGGUGCCAGACUUGAUGUCUCCAUGAAGGGGUUCUGGGGAGGACGCCAAGAGAAGACAUUCCUGGAUAUCAGGGUGUUCAACCCACAUGCUCCGUCAAACAAAAACUCUAGCAUUGCGAACUGUUACAAAAAGCACGAAAAUGAAAAAAAAAGAGCUUAUGAGCAACGAGUCCGAGAUGUCGAACACUCAACCUUCACUCCAAUAGUCCUUUCGGCCACAGGGGGCAUGGAAAAACAGUCCACAACAUUCUACAAGCGACUUGCCUCUCGUCUAGCUGAAAAAUGGGAGCAGACAUACUGCUCAACCCUGUACUGGCUACGUGCCCGCCUGUCUUUCUCUCUACUGAGAUCUGCAAUACAAUGUAUCCGUGGCGCCCGCUCAUCUAGGGGCCACGCUGUGAAGUCCUCACCAAUUGAUCUGAUCAGUCCACUCCUAGCUACCUGCAGGAAAACUGAAUUAAAGACAUAA